AUGGUGCCCAUCAUUUUUAUGAGUACCUUUUUGCUUCAAUUUACUGUUUCUGAGGCUUUGAACCCGCAAUAUAUCCUAUGGGUCCCCUCUGUGAUGCAAAGUCAUUCUACAGAACAAGCUUGUCUCCACCUUUUAAACCUGAAUGAAUCUGUGUCCUUGAGUGUUGUCUUAGAAUAUGAUGGAUCCAAUAGCACUAUUUUUGACCAGACUGUGGAAGAGGAUAACUUCUAUUCUUGUGCAAAUUUUGAGAUUCCAAAGUCAGCUUCCUCAGCAUUCAUAACUGUGCAGGUGAAAGGGCCAACCCAGAACUUCAUAAAGAGGAAGCCAAUAUACAUUAGAAAAGAAGAAAGCCUAGUCUUUGUCCAGACAGACAAACCCAUCUACAAGCCAGGACAAACAGUGAAAUUCCGCAUUGUCUCCAUGGAUGUCAACUUUCACCCUUUGAAUGAAACGUUCCCUGUGGUUUAUAUUGAGAACCCCAAAAGGAACCGGAUUUUCCAAUGGCUCAGUCUCAAAUUGCAAGGGGGACUCAGUCAGCUCUCUUUCCCACUCUCAGUGGAGCCCACACUGGGUUCCUACAAGGUGGUACUGGAGAAGGAGCCUGGGAAAACAAUAAAGCACUCUUUUAAAGUGAAUGAAUACGUUUUGCCCAAAUUUGAGGUCCAAGUGAAAAUGCCCAAGAAGAUUAGUUUCCUAGAAGAUGAAUUUGAGAUUUCUGUCUGCAGCUUAUACACAUAUGGAAAGCCUGUCCAUGGCCUGGUGACGAUUAAUGUGUGCAGAAAAUAUAUACAGUACAGUUCUCUCUGCCAUGGAAAAUAUCCACAAAGCAUCUGUGAAGAAUUCAGUCAACAGGCAGACAAUGAAGGUUGUUUCACACAACUAGUAAAUGCUAAAUCAUUUCAGCUGAGACAAAAAGGAUAUGAGAAUACAUUACAAGUGGAAGCCAAGGUCAGAGAGGAGGGAACAGGGUUGGAAUUAACUGGACAUGGAUCAAGUGAAAUCACAAACACCUUAAGCAAACUGAAAUUUACGAAAGUGGAUUCACAUUACAGACGUGGGCUUCCUUUCUUUGGGCAGGUUCUUCUAGUCGACGACAAGGAUCAGCCAAUCCCCAAUGAGACUGUAGUGGUCAAUGUGGAUACAUUUACAUAUAAUGCCAGAUUUACUACAAAUGAGCAUGGUUUGGUGAACAUUUCCAUUGAUACCAGUAACUUCACAUCUUCUUUCAUUUCAGUUGGGGUCAUUUACAAACAGAAUAGCAACUGUUUUGAUAGCAGGUGGCUUGAAGAAUUUCACUUACCAGCAACACAUACUGCAAGACAUAUUUUCUCCCCAAGCAAGACUUACAUUCAGUUUGAGCCUGUGGCUGGUACUGUGACCUGUGGGCAAACACUGGAGAUUCGGGUGCACUACAUCCUGAAUGGACAGAUUCUGACAGAUGAAAGGGAAUUAACCUUUUAUUACUUGAUCAAAGCAAGAGGAAGCAUCGCUCAAUCAGGAACCCAUGUGUUAUACAUUAAACAAAGAGCAUUAAAAGGGGUAUUUUCCUUCUCCUUUCGAGUGGAAUCGAACUUUGCUCCUAUAGCCCAGUUACUUGUUUAUACCAUUUUACCUAAUGGAGAAGUUGUAGCAGAUACUGAGAAGCUCGACAUUGAAAACUGUUUUGCCAAUGAGGUAAAUCUGAGCUUCUCCUCAGCCCAAGGCCUUCCAGCCUCAAACACCAGCCUGAAAGUCACAGCUGCUCCUUACUCUCUCUGUGGCCUCCGAGCCGUGGACCAGAGUGUCCUGUUAAUGAAGCCUGAAGAUGAGCUCUCUCCUCAAUCAGUGUAUAAUUUGCUACCAGUAAAGAGAAUCUUUAGCAUGGGUUAUGGAGGCCCCAUGAAUGAAGAUGGGGAAAAAUGCAUCAGCGCGGAAGACAUAACUCACAAUGGAGUUAUUUACACUCCAAAGCAGCUCAUCAGUGAUGACGAUGUUUACAGUAUCUUUGAGUCUGCGGGAUUAAGUAUUUUUACCAACUCAAAAAUCCACAAGCCAUAUUUCUGUCAGCCACUUUCACCAUAUCCAGGAAUGCCUGUGACCUAUGCAAAUGUAGGUGGAGCUGCAAUGUUACCUUAUCCAUUGAAUGCAAGAGACGACUCUUCAGCCGUGAAAGUGAAAGAAACAAUCCGGAAGUAUUUCCCUGAGACCUGGAUCUGGGAGUUGAUACCACUGGAUAUAUCGGGCAGACGUGAGUUGGCAAUCCAGGUCCCUGACACCAUCACGGAGUGGAAGGCCAGCGCCCUCUGCUUGUCUGAAACAGCAGGGCUUGGCCUCUCGCCCACCAUCUCUCUCACAGUCUUCCAGCCCUUCUUCCUGGAACUCACUCUUCCCUAUUCUGUGGUUCGAGGAGAAGCCUUCACACUCAAAGCCACUGUGUUCAACUAUCUGUCCCAUUGCAUUCGGGUGAGCGUGCAGCUGGAGGCCUCUUCUGCUUUCUUGGCCAUCCCAGUAGAGAAGAAUGAAGAAUCUCACUGUGUCUGUGGAAAUAAGCAGAAAACCGUGUCCUGGGCUGUGACCCCAAAGUCACUGGGAGAGGUGAAUUUCACAGCUACUGCAGAAGCCCUGCGGUCUCAGGAACUAUGUGGCAGUGAGGUGCCUCACUUCCCAGAACUUGGACAGAAGGACACCGUUAUCAAGCCUUUACUAGUUGAGCCUGAAGGAAUAGAAAGAGAAGAAACUUUCAACACACUUCUCUGUGCAUCAGAAACUGGAGAAUCUGAAAAGUUGUCAUUAAAACUUCCUUCAAAUGUGGUUGAAGGUUCUGCCAGGGCGACAUAUGCAGUUUUGGGUGAUAUACUAGGCUCUGCAAUGCAAAAUCUUCAGAAUCUUCUCCAGAUGCCCUAUGGUUGUGGAGAACAGAAUAUGGUCCUUUUCACCCCUAACAUCUAUGUUCUGAACUAUCUAAAUGAGACAGGACAGCUCACUGAGAAGAUCAAGUCCAGAGCCAUCAGCUACCUCAUCAGUGGUUACCAAAGACAGUUGAACUAUAAGCACAGUGACGGUUCUUACAGCACCUUUGGGGAUCGUGGUGGUAGAAGUCAGGGAAACACUUGGCUUACUGCAUUUGUGCUCAAGUCUUUUUCUCAAGCCCAGUCACACAUCUUUGUGGAGGACUCGCACAUCAGAGACUCCCUUACCUGGCUCUCACAGAAGCAGAAAGAAAAUGGUUGUUUCCAGCGCUCCGGAUCAUUGCUAAACAAUGCUAUUAAGGGUGGGGUUGAUGAUGAGGUAACGCUCUCUGCCUAUAUCACCAUCGGUCUACUGGAGAUGCCGUUGCUCGUCACCCAUCCAGUUGUCCGCAAUGCUCUUUUCUGCCUGGAAAGGGCCUGGCAAUCUGCCUCAGAGGCCCAAGAAAGUCUUGUCUAUACCAAGGCGUUAUUGGCCUACGCCUUCGCACUAGCAGGAGACCAAGCCAAGCGAAAGGAGCUGCUUGAGUCACUAGACAAAGAGGCUGUCAGAGAAGAGGACUCAAUCCACUGGCAACGUCCUGGGAAGUCUCGAGAAGUCAAUGAACUCUACAGUCCACACCGGGCUCCUUCUGUUGACGUGGAGAUGACAUCUUACUGCCUCCUUGCCUAUCUUACUGCCCAGCCCGCCCCAUCUUCAGAAGAUCUGUCUGUGGCUACAAAGAUUGUAAGAUGGCUCACCAAGCAACAGAACCCCAACGGGGGCUUCUCCUCCACUCAGGAUACAGUGGUGGCUCUCCAGGCACUCUCCAGAUAUGGAGCAGCAACUUUCACUAAAGGGGAGAAAGCAGCUACUGUCACCAUUAAGUCAGCAGAGACCUUCUCUGAAGAAUUCCGAGUAGAUGAAGCCAAACGUCUACUGCUGCAGGAGGUGGCUUUGCCAAAGAUCCCGGGAGAGUACAACACAGCCGUGUCAGGGUCGGGAUGUGUGUACAUCCAGACAUCCUUGAGAUAUAAUAUCCUGCCCAAGAAAGAAGGAAAAGCUCCCUUUACUCUGAAAGUUGAAACUCUCCCGAAGGGUUGUGAUAGAGUCAGCACUCACAGGAAAGUCCAGAUUCACAUCAACAUUAGUUACACUGGGGAACGACCCAGCUCCAACAUGGUCAUUGUUGAUGUGAAGAUGGUAUCAGGCUUCAUACCUGUGAAAUCAUCAGUGAGAAAGCUCCAGGAAAUGGCUCAGAUUCAGAGGACUGAAGUGAACGCCAACCAUGUCCUGAUUUACUUUGAAGAGUUAAUCCAUCAAAUCCUGAGUUUCUCCUUCUCAGUGGAACAAGACAUCGCAGUAAAGAAUUUAAAACCAGCUACCGUAAAGGCAUAUGAUUACUAUGAGACAGAGGAAUUCACCAUUGAAGAGUACAGUGUUCCCUGCAGUGCUGUCAAUCCUAAAGGAAAUCAGUCCUGA